AUGUUUCGCGCCGGCUAUUGGGACGAUGAUCCCAUGGACGGUGUUUACAGCUCUUCCAUGCUUCGACAUGGCACGAACCGACGCUUCGACGAGUACUACCGAUGCUACCCCGUUGCGAUGAUGCCUGGCCCAGAACGAGAGGGCGUCAACCACGGCGGCAAAGUCAUCAUGCCUCCCAGUGCCCUGGACAAAUUGACGCGCCUGCAUAUCACAUAUCCUAUGCUCUUCGAACUGCAUAACGGGGCGCGGGAAAGAAUGACCCAUGCCGGAGUGCUGGAAUUCAUUGCAGAGGAGGGGAAAAUAUAUCUGCCUUUUUGGCUCAUGCAGACUCUCCUCCUCGAACCAGGGGAUUUGGUCCAGGUGAAGUCGACCGACCUGCCCCCAGGCCAGUUCAUCAAGUUGCAGGCCCAAUCAACCUCGUUCCUGGACAUCAGUGACCCCAAGGCCGUCCUGGAAAAUGCGUUCCGCAAUUUCUCCUGCCUAACCAAGGGAGACGUCUUCACCUUUGCCUACAACGAUCAGGUCUACGAAAUGGCUGUCCUGGAGACCAAGCCCUCCAACAACACCAACGCUGUCUCGGUCUUAGAAACAGACCUGGAGGUCGAUUUUGCGCCCCCGGUAGGAUACGAAGAACCCCAGCGGCAGAGCGGCACCAGCACUCCCCGAAGCGGCGUGAGUGGGAAACUCCCGUCCGGCGGUCUGCUCCACCCCCACGGAACGAUGGCUCAGUCCAUCAACUAUGCGGCCAUCGCCCCCGAGUCGACCGACGCCGCUACCGGCGCGCGCGCCGUGUCGUCGAACUUCCUCAGUGGAGGUCAUCGCCUGAAUGCCAAGAAGGGCAGCAAAACUCCGACACCAAAGGCUUCCACGCCCACGCCGGGGACGACGAAUCCCCAGCAUCCUCCUCCUGUCCGCAGAACGAAUGGGCCUCAGCCGCUCCGCCUGCCGCCGAAUCAACUAUUCCUUGGAUAUGCAAUCAAGCCUGUGAAGAAACGCGACGAAAGCGGCAAUGUCGUUGAGGACAAGCCGCGUUUCCAGGGAGCGGGCCAGACAUUACGAGGGAAGAAGAAGGACACGGGGACUUCGACGCCUACGUGA